AUGGCUUCUUCAAUUUCUAGCAACUGUAGCUUCAGUUCAAAUAUCUCUACCUACAGUUCUUUUAUAGAAUUAUUAAGAUCAAGAAAUUCUUCUAGCACUAAACUAGUAAAUGGAAAAUCAAAGUUUAGUAUUCCAAUAAAGUGUAAGAAUGAAUGUCCAAAGAAUUCAUGUUGUAUUCGUAUUAUUAACUUGAGCAGAAGAGUAUCUGCUGAUAACCUUUUAGAAAUAUUUUCUGAAUUUGGAGAAAUAAAAAAAAUAGAUAUACAUUUCAACCGCUACGAUAGAAUUUCUAAAGGAGUUUCUUACAUAAUGUUUUCCACACCAGAAGAAUCUAAAAAUGCUGUACAAUCCAUGAAUAGAUGCGAAAUUGAUGAGGAUGAAAUAAUAUGUGAACUAUGGUUUUUGCCAUAUGUAGAAUACCAUGUAAGUUCUAUACUUCGUAGUGCUUGCAGUGGAGUUGGAUACAGAAGUUUAUCAAGACGUUUACCACCAACUCAUAUUACACAUUAUUCUUCUCAACUAGAUAGAUUGAGAUAUUAUUCUAAAUUUCCUUUAACUUCUCCAAAGUGUUAUUAUAUGACUACAAAUGAAUCUUGUCCAGAGUCAUCAAAAAAAUCAUAUCCUAGAUCUCCAAGGCAAUCUAGAUUAAGAUCCCAUUCUAACUCUCAAAAUAGAGAAGAUUCUAUAUGUUCCAAGAGCUCUCGCUAUAAAUCUUCAAAAAAAUUUUGUUCCAAAUAUUCUAGGAAGCCUUAUUAG